AUGGAUCAGACUGAAACCCCCACGAAGCGGAAACGAUCCCUGGAUGUGACCGAGCACAACACCAGCCGGGUUCAAACACCUGCCACAGUCAAGCGGCAGAAGCGGGACCGCACAGGCGCGGAUGUUGGCUCACCGUCAACUCCCAAAGCACCCAAAGCCAUUGCCUCGACACUCUCUGGGGGUUUCGGGCCCGGUCGGCAAGCACCAUCACCAGCACCAGCACCAGCACCAGCACCAAGCGACGUCACUCGAGACAGCCAAGCCACCCUAGGUGCUCCAACGCCUCCCAAGCAGCUGCCAGCCUCCUUGAGCGCGAAUGGACUCCUCGGCAAUCCUCUCGGCACUGGUGCGUCCAAGGUUUGGACCCGGCCCGCCAUUAAGCUGGCCGCGCUCAGGGGCACAAUAUGGGACAAUGGCGACCUCCCCGUCACGAGACGUGGAAGCAUGCCUAGGCGACCGACCAUGGCGGCAGCAAAACAGACCACGGUGGCCGUCCAGCAAGUAGGCGUUGCGACGACGUCGUCGCAGCAAAAGCCUGGGGCAGCUCCGCAAAAUAACGGAGAAGCCCCCAAGGGCAUACUCACGCCCAAGAAGAAGAGAGCCCGCCCACCCAAAAACGUCACCUUCAACGCCGAAGCCGAUGAACAAGUUUUCUUUCAAGACCUGCCCAAGACGCCGAGCACCAGGAAACCGCAAAAGACAAAGGCGCAGAAGGCCCAGGAUGCGUACGACGACAUUGUCUGCGAAAUGUGUUCCAACCCGGACUCGAAAGCUCCCAACGAAAUCAUUCUGUGCGACAACUGUGACUUUGCCGUUCACCAAAAGUGCUACGAUCUCCCCGAGAUCCCCGAGGGUGAAUGGCUGUGCAAGUCUUGCUCGCAGGAAGACGCGUCGAAACCUUGCAGCAGCCAAGCCGCAAAGACGGCUAGUGGUGGUCACGCUGAGCACGUGCAACCCGUCGAGGUGCCAGACAUCCCGAACCUGGAUCAGCAUAUUCGGGCUGUUCAACGUGUUCUCUUGGAUCGAUGUACGGGCCGGCGACGGAUACGUAUAUUCGGCCAGGACGAAGCGUAUGAAAAGGCAAGACAACUGUUGGAACAAACCAUCCUUGCCGGGGAAGGCAACUCGAUGCUGAUGAUUGGCCCGCGAGGAUGUGGCAAGACGACGAUGGUGGAAAACAUCAUACUCGAUCUUUCCAAGGAGCAUAGGCACGAUUUUCACGUGGUGAGACUCAACGGAUUCAUACAUACGGAUGACAAGCUGGCUUUGAAAGACAUCUGGCGCCAGCUGGGCAAGGAGAUGGAGGUUGAAGAUGAUUUGUUGCACCGCACAAACUACGCAGAUACCAUGGCUUCUCUCCUCGCCUUGUUAUCUCACCCGUCGGAAAUCAUGGGCACGGAUGAGGGCGUUACCUCUCAGUCAGUCGUUUUUGUCAUUGAUGAGUUUGACAUGUUUGCGGCACACGCUCGACAAACGCUUUUGUACAACCUGUUUGACAUUGCGCAGUCUCGAAAAGCACCAAUUGCAGUCCUGGGCUGCACGACUCGGCUCGAUGUCGUGGAAAUGCUGGAGAAGAGAGUCAAGAGCCGGUUCAGUCACCGAUACGUCUAUCUGGGGCCUCCGAGAUCGCUCCCAGCUUUCUGGCAGAUCUGCCGGCAAGGGCUCAUGGUUGAUGGACCUGAUGCCGAGACUGAAGGCAUCGACGUCAACGUAGAGGGCCACUCUGAGUUUCAUUCCUACUGGACGCACAAGAUUGAGGAGCUCUACAAGCAACGACAGUUUCAGCAUCUGUUGCAGUACCACUACUUCACGACCAAAUCAGCAGCCGCGUUCUUGGCCGAGUGGAUAUUACCGCUGGCAUCACUCUCGGCGCAAGACGUGACGUUGAACAGCCCGACGGCCGGCGCGUCAGAGGCAACGUCGCUGGCGCCGCCGCCAGACUCGCGGUUGCCGCUGCUGUCGACGCUGUCGGAUUUGGACCUGGCGAUGCUCAUAGCAGCCGCCAGGCUGGACAUUGUGGCACACACGGACACGGUGAAUUUCGCCAUGGCGUACGACGAGUACAGCUCGCUGGUGGCGAAGCAACGUGUGCAGUCCUCGAGCGCCGGGAUGCUGGCGAUGGGUGGCAACGCGCGCGUGUGGAGCCGCGGCGUUGCGGGCGUCGCCUGGGAGAGACUGAUUGAGCUGGGACUGCUGGUUCCAGCCGGAAUCGGCGGGGGCAGAGGUCUAGGCCACGGAGGUCUAGACGGGAGGAUGUGGAAGGUGGACGUGGCCUUGGAGGAGAUCCCCACGGCGGUCAAACUGAGCGCCAUGAUGGCGAGAUGGUGCAGGGAGCUGUGA